GACGACAAACCCUUCUUGAGGCCCUCCGGUGUGCCGGUGUCGCCCCUCCUCCCCGAGCGGCCGAUUUUUCCCGCCGAGCUGCUUCUGCCGCUUGGGCCGCCCGGGGAAAACAUGGCGUCUGCCUUGGAGCAGUUCGUGAACAGUGUGCGGCAGCUCUCGGCUCAAGGGCAAAUGACUCAGCUUUGUGAACUGAUCAACAAGAGUGGGGAACUCCUUGCAAAAAACUUAUCCCACCUGGACACUGUGCUUGGAGCUUUGGAUGUACAAGAACACUCCUUAGGGGUCCUCGCUGUUUUGUUUGUGAAGUUUUCUAUGCCCAGUGUUCCUGACUUCGAAACAUUAUUCUCACAGGUUCAGCUUUUCAUCAGUACUUGUAAUGGGGAGCACAUUCGAUAUGCGACAGACACUUUUGCUGGGCUUUGCCAUCAGUUAACAAAUGCACUUGUGGAAAGAAAACAGCCCCUGCGAGGAAUUGGCAUCCUUAAACAAGCCAUAGACAAGAUGCAGAUGAAUACAAACCAGUUGACCUCAAUUCAUGCUGAUCUGUGCCAGCUUUGUUUGCUGGCAAAAUGCUUUAAGCCUGCCCUUCCAUAUCUUGACGUGGACAUGAUGGAUAUCUGCAAAGAGAAUGGGGCCUAUGAUGCAAAGCACUUUUUAUGUUACUAUUAUUAUGGAGGUAUGAUCUAUACUGGACUGAAGAAUUUUGAAAGAGCACUCUACUUUUAUGAACAGGCUAUAACUACUCCUGCCAUGGCGGUCAGUCAUAUCAUGUUGGAGUCAUAUAAAAAGUAUAUUCUAGUUUCUUUAAUAUUACUUGGCAAAGUACAACAGCUACCAAAAUAUACAUCUCAAAUUGUGGGUAGAUUCAUUAAGCCCCUUAGCAAUGCAUACCAUGAAUUAGCGCAAGUUUAUUCAACCAAUAAUCCCUCAGAACUGCGAAACUUGGUAAACAAGCACAGUGAAACUUUUACUCGCGAUAACAACAUGGGACUGGUGAAGCAGUGCCUGUCGUCUCUUUAUAAGAAGAACAUUCAAAGGCUAACAAAGACAUUUCUUACACUAUCGUUACAAGAUAUGGCAAGUCGAGUACAGUUAUCUGGACCUCAGGAGGCAGAAAAAUACGUCCUACACAUGAUAGAAGAUGGUGAAAUUUUUGCAAGUAUUAACCAGAAGGAUGGUAUGGUCAGUUUUCAUGAUAACCCUGAAAAAUAUAAUAACCCAGCCAUGCUUCAUAACAUUGAUCAGGAGAUGCUGAAAUGUAUAGAGCUUGACGAGCGGCUGAAAGCUAUGGAUCAAGAGAUUACAGUGAAUCCUCAAUUUGUGCAAAAGAGUAUGGGAUCACAAGAAGAUGAUUCAGGAAACAAACCAUCCAGCUACUCUUGAAACUAGCAUCCUUCCUGAGUUAAAAGAAACUAUCACCGUGCCCAGUGGCAAGUGUUAGGAGUGAGCAGAGAGGACCAAGACUGUUUCAUCUGGACGUUAAGAAAUUAAAUUUUGUUUGAAUCUUGAGUCCUGUAUGCUUACAGAAAACUAUUUUCUCUGCAAAGAAAGGAAA